UUCGUUUCGUUUGUUGUUGGCUCCGCGCGCCACUCGGAGACUGUUCUGUGUGUGUCCGGGCAGUUUGUUCUUGCACCCCCUUCCGACGGCGACGGCGACAAUACACAGACACACACACACGCAACAUAACAAAAAAAGGCUCCCCACGACGACGACGACGACGAUGACGGUGCCCAUGUGUCAGUGACCGAAAUGGAGGAAAUGACAAUCGUGUAGGACGGCCCUAAAUGUGUGCUACAGUGGAUUUCCAUGUUUUAAGAUUCAAUUUUAGUUUAGAUUUCUAAAAACGCAUCUCCGAACCCGUGAGAGGUGAAAAGUGUGCGCUUCGGUGUGUCUUCGUGUGUGUGUAUGUGUUUGUGUGGCGCAGUAAAAAGUUAACACAGAAAAUCCGUGGAACCGACCGUCGGAUCAAUUGUGUACCGAGUGUGAUGCAGCCAACUUGAUCUCACGCGGCGAUGAUGAUGAUCGAAAGUGAAUUGAAGCUAGCCAAGUGAAGUGCAAAACGUCUCGCAAAAUCCAAUCAAAGCAGCCCGUAAUUGUGAUUGUUUGCCCGGGAAGCGUAGAAUUGAAUUAUCAGAGAGUGAGAGAGAGAAGAAGAAGAAGAGGUACGAAAAACUCCCGAGACUCCGCUAGUCCGGGUCAGAAGAGGUGCAUGAUUGAUCGCAGAAAGUGCUGACCACGAUGAUGGUGAUAAAGAAGAUGGGCUCCUCACGGACCCGAUCGGUGCUCGUCGGUUCGCUUAGUGUACUACUGCUGCUGGUGCUUUGCUGCUGGCAGACGCACGCCCAAGCUGUUACCGAGUCCCCAUCGAGUACGAGUACCGGUGGCAGUGAGACGAGUACGUUGGGCAACUCGAUCGAAAGCACGGAAUCGACCACCAUCACGGUGGCGGACUCCAGCCUGGAGGUGUUACCGUUGACCGCGAAACCCAACACCUCGAUGGCAGCAACAGCACGGCUCCCGGAACCGGUAGCAACCAGCGCGAGUGCUGAACAGCAGCAGCAGCAGCAGCAGACGAUAGCUGACUCAUCGGCCACGUCUGAGGAAGCGUCCGGCUCCGGAACGACGACAUCAUCGCCCGAACUGCUGGAGGUCAAGAGUAACGGCACCACCAUCAUCACCACCACGAGCCAACCAGAGACCACCGUUGAUGAGCUGGCUUCAGCGGUCAACGAUCAGACAACCCAACAACCCCCGAUCACGACGACGACGACACAGACGACGCUGACGACGAUGAUCGUGUCCGAUGCCACGCCAAAACCGGUUACGGUUCUGCACGUCAAAUCGGCGGAAGAGGAAGCGAACGAUCGGGACGGUACGAAUCCGCCAUCGAUACUGAACCACUUCCUACCGUCCGCCGGUGAAAGCUCGUCCGAGGAGCUGCUCAAGAUGAGCGACGUACGUUCGUCGGCGGAAGUGCCGCGUGGCCGAGCGAUUAGCUUUGGCCCGGCCGAACCGAUUAACUUCGUGACCGCACCCAAUCUGGUCACCACAACACCGAAACCGACGAAAGAACCUUCACCAUCCACCGCGGGAGGCUCGCCGUCGUCGUCGUCGUCGUUCGAUGACCUCAGCAACAUUAGCAUGGAGUCCACGUCCGAUUACGAUGACGAGAGCAAACGGCGCGAGUCCCCGACGUUGGGGCUCGAGCGUGCCACAACCGGUGGGCCAGCGAUGGCCGGUACAGCGGAAACCGUGGUCACACCGAGCGGCGAAUGCAUCUUCACUGGCAUCGAAUACAAGGUUAACGCCACGGUAGACAAGGGUUGCGACGAGCGGUGCCAUUGCGAGGAGGACGGUAAAUGGCGCUGCGAACCCCGCUGCGGUCGACCGUUCGUGAAGCGUGGCAAAACGGCGAUGGGACCGGGAGCCGGUUGCUACGAGGCACCCUCGAAGACGGACGAAUGCUGUGCCACGCUCAUCUGCCCCUCGGAGCGCCUAACGGCCGAUGGAAAUGGUGCAGUAGAACCAACCAUCUUGCCGACAUCCGAGGAAUCGACCACAGCGAAGGCGAUCGUCACCGGGUGCAUCUAUCGGAACCACUCGUACGGUGUGAACGAACGGUUAGAGGUGGGCUGCGAUCAGAUCUGUACCUGUACCGGUGAAGGGGAGAUGGAGUGUGUGGCCCGGUGUGCCCCACUGAACGCUACCCGGUCGGAACAGUGCGUGGUGCUAGUGGAUCCGCACGAUCCUUGCUGCCAGCGCGAAUUCUGUGACGUCACGCUGGAUGAUCAUGAGCAGAACAGUGGCGUCAUGAUGAUGAUGGCACCGGCCGCCUCUUCCUCUUCACCUUCGACGACGCAGACACCGGACACAUCACCCAGUACUUCUGUCCAACCGGGCGCAGAUUGUGUCUUCAAAGGACGUAGCUAUCGAUUGAACGAUAAGGUGCACGACGAAUGUAACGCACUGUGUCUCUGCACCGAAGCUGGUAUGCACUGUGCGAAGAUCGAGUGCCCGUCGGAGUUCGGGCUGGACGUGCUGGAUCCACACUGUCUCAAGUGGGGCCCGGAACCGGCCACCUUCCGGGCGAUCGCACCCCGGUGCUGUCCGGAGCGGAUGCGUUGCAUCGAUAAUGGGACCUGCGAGUACAAGGGUCAGUUCUUUGACAAUUGGUCCGAUAUUCCGAGUAAUCUGACCGGUUGCGAGCAGCACUGCUAUUGCGAUACGGGUAUUGUCGAGUGCCGACCAGCCUGUCCACCGGUACCGGUCGCACCACCAUCCCAUCUACCGUGCAGCUCACGGAGCGCACGCCUUAUGCCGAUUCCCGGUGAGGAGUGCUGCAAACACUGGACCUGUAUGCCUGGCGCCGGUGAUAAUGGGCUCGUGAGUGGCAACGACGUACUGAAACCAUUGCUCAUGCCGGACACAAUAGACCAAUUCCUUCCGACCAAACCAUCGAAGGCGACUGACGCGAAACCGACGAGCUCGCCGCAUGACAAUAAGGAUAAACAUUCCGGGGGUGACUCUGGGGGCGGCCCCACCCUACCCUUCUACCCCACGAUCGAUGGCAAAUUGCCACCGAAGGUGCCGCAACCGGAGAAACCUUCGCACAAGAAGUACUCCCCGAACGGCAAGGAGGAAUCGGGCAAAAAGGGUGAUCAUUUCAAUGCCAUCUUCGGUGGUGCCCAGCAUCCGGAUGACGGUCCAUCGCAUCCGAUUGGGCCCGAUGAGGGCAAGUACGAUUACGGGAGCUACGAGGAGGGUAUGAAACCGCACGUUACGCUCGGUGUACAGCGUCCCGGACCGCCGGGAUACUACGGACCGGAACUGAAACCACACUACGAACCGGGUACCGGCGGUGAUUUCAAUCCGUACCUUCAUCCACUGGUGACUACUGGUGCAGGUGCAGGUCAACAUGUUGGUGUACCUCCAGGUCAGCAGCAUCCGGGUGGACUGGUGGUGGAUAAGCAACAUCAGCAACUGUUGAACGUGCUCGGACCGAACGGGCCUGGCAGUUUGCCACCGAACAUACGGAUCGAGCAACUGUUGCAACACAUACAGAACUCACAGGAACCGGCAGGACCACCACCGAUACUGCACCCUGGUCAGGCCCCCCAUCUUCCCAACCAUCCUGCCGCCUACCCGCAGCACCCACAAAUGGCGGUACCACCACAAACGACUGGCAAUGGCAUCAACUACAACCAGUACGGUCCUGGAGGACCACCCGGUCUAGGAUUUCCGCAGUUGCAGCUCGAUCUGAAGGUGCUAGCCCUGGACGCGAUCGAUCCGAACACCGUGCGCGUAAUCUUUCUCGUGCCUCAGGUCUACGUCGGAUUGCACGGGCGUGUGGAGCUACGGUACACGCGGACACGCAACAACGAUACGAGCACCUGGCAAUCGCAGGUGUUCGCCCCACCGGACGAUCUGAUAGCGACCCCCCAGCUGGAGUUUGAGCUGCCCGGUCUAAACGCGAACACGGAGUACCGUGUGAAGAUAACGCUUAUCCUGCGCGACGUUAACUCGCAACCCUCUAGUCAGGUGUACACCGUCCGGACACCGUCGGAUCGUGUCAUCACACCACCACCACCACCGAUCGGCAUCGGUGGCGGUACCGGCCAUUUCCCGCACAUGAGCCAUCCGACCAACUUCCUGAAGGAGAUCAUCCAAGAUCCGGAGCUGCGCGCAUCCGAGGUGAACUCGACGUGGGCUCGCAUCAGCUGGCGUAAGCUGGAUGAUGAGGAGCUCGAUUAUGUGGACGGUAUUCAGUUGCGAUACCGGGAGCUGGAUGGUAAGGUGUACGAUGCUACGCCCCUUAUUCACCGAGCGCUCAGCGAGUAUACGGUGGAGAACUUAAAACCACAGACCCGGUACGAGGUCGGUAUCUUCUUCAUUCCCUUCCCGGGCCACGGAGAGGAGGUUAGAGCGGGAGAGAUGCUACAGAUCAGUACGGUACCGCGUAUCGACGUGUACGGGUUCGAGGUCGUCGUGAACGCGACCAAAAUCAAGGCCACCAGCGUGGAGGUCAACUGGUCCGGUGUACCGUACCCCGAGGACAAGUACAUCAACAUCUAUCGUGCAAUCUAUCAAAGUGAUAGCGGAAAGGAAGACUAUAGUGUGUUCAAGGUAGCCAAACGAGACUCGACGACCGGUACGCUCAUUAUGGACCUCAAACCGGGCACCCGGUACCGGCUGUGGCUCGAGAUGUACCUCACGAAUGGUAGCAUCAAGAAGAGCAACGUGGUCAACUUUAUCACCAAACCGGGCGGACCUGCCGUUCCGGGCAAAACAGAUAAACUAGCCGCUGCAGGAGCGGCCGGCAGCGUAAACGGUGACUACUAUGGUCCGCUAGUGGUCGUUGCGGUCAUCGCAGCCCUAGCCGUCAUGUCCACGCUGAUACUGCUGCUCAUACUGACGAGGCGAAGGGUACAAAGUGCCACCAUUACGCCGCCUCGUAAAAACGAUGCCUCUUACGACAAUCCGAGCUAUAAGGUGGAAAUCCAGCAGGAAACGAUGAAUUUAUGAUUCGAAAGCAUUUCGCUUUGAGGAUUGCGUGAGGCCAUUCCUGACCCCCGAUCGGCACACGCCGCCGCGCAUAUUUAUUUGUGUUCCCGAAGGAGCGGCCAACUGCAUCGUUGGCAUCGUGUACAUAGUAAUAGUCCGUCCGUUUUUGGCAGGCCCAAUCUGUUCACACACACACACACACACGAUGGCGACCCGCCAUGUCUUCCCCCUUUUCUCUCCUCGUCAUUAUUGCUUGGCCAUAGACUCUGUUGUAUAGAUUCGUGACGGGAGCUCCAUCCGGCAUCACACGAACGAAAAUGCAUGUAAAUAAUACUCCAAGUGAGAACAACUUAUUAGACCGGAUCGGAAACAUUUAUGCUGCCUGGUGUAGGCGCAGGUGCAUCACAAAAUUAUCACCACUAUCUUUACGAUUACCUUUUGCAAAUGUCGGUUUAUAAUCUUAGGAUUCCUGUGUAAAUAAACGAUAGAUCUUUUA